UUGAUUAUCUGGCCUCUCCCAUGCAAAGUUGACUUGAACACAGACACAUUAGUGUGUUGCCUUCCCUUCAACAUGUCUGCAGAGAGGCUGCUGCUGUGCUGCCUUUUUCUUCAAGGCGCCCUUGCACUGUCAGGGAACUUUUGGCACAUCACCGACCUGCACUGGGACCCGAGCUACGACCUGGGCAAGGACCCCAAAAGGGUGUGUGAGUCCAGCGGUAUCAGACCGGCGGCCCAGGCAGGUCCGUUUGGUGACCAUGCCUGCGACUCCCCCUGGAACCUCAUCAACUCCUCCGUUCACGCCAUGAAAGAUAUUCUCCCCAACCCGGAUUUCAUUGUGUGGACAGGAGACGACACGCCCCACGUUCCCAAUCAGAAUCUGGGAGAAGAAACCGUUCUCCGCAUAAUCGGCAACCUCACAGACAUCAUCAGUGAAGUUUUUCCUGGAACCAAAGUGUACUCUGCCCUGGGUAACCAUGACUACCACCCCAAGAGUCAGCUUCCUGGCGGCCCGAGCGACAUGUACAAUAAAACGGCAGAAAUGUGGAAGCACUGGUUGGAUUUAGAGUCACGUGAAACCUUCAAAAAAGGUGGCUACUACACAGAAAAGCUCCGGAAUCGGACAGGUUUCCGGAUGUUGGUGCUCAACACAAAUCUCUACUACGACCGCAACAUGCUGACCCAGAAUGAUGAGGACCCAGCCGGCCAGUUUAGCUGGGCGGAUGGCGUCCUCGCACAGGCUGCCGCCAGCAAAGAGAAGGUGUACAUCAUCGGCCACGUCCCCCCGGGGACGUUUGAGAAGAAGAGAGGUAAGCAUUGGUACAGGCCGCAGUUUAACACACGCUACCUGGAGCUGAUUCAGAAGCACCACGCCAUCAUCAUGGGACAGUUCUUUGGCCACCACCACACCGACGCCUUCCGCAUGUUCUACGACUCUAAGGACUCUCCCAUCAGCACCAUGUUCCUUAGCCCGGGGGUGACACCGUGGGAGACUACGCUCCCCGGGGUCAAGAACGGCGCUAACAAUCCUGGAAUUCGCAUCUUCGAAUACGACACCCAAACCCUCCUGGUCCAAGACGUGGUGACUUACUACCUGAACCUGACACACGCCAACGCAGGCCGGGACCGCUGGGAGAAGGAGUACCGGCUGACCGAGAGCUUUCAAGUGGCAGACGCCUCCCCGGCCUCCAUGCACCAGGUCUUGGAGGGCAUCUCUGAGGACAGCUGCCGCCUGCAGCAGUACUACCGCUUCAACUCGGUCAACUUUGACCUGAGCGAGUGCGACGAAGGAUGCCGCGUGGACCACGUGUGCGCCACGCGUGAGGUUGACUUCCACAGGUACGAGCGCUGCCUGGCUACAAAAGCAGCGGGGGCCAGCCUCAGCGGAAGCCUGCUGAGCAUCUUCGGCAUGGCUGUGAGCAUUUUGUUUGUUUUUGCUCAACAGUAGUUAGCCAUCCAGAUGGGCGGAGGAAUCCUAAUAAUUUUUAAUCUUACAUACUGUUCAUUUUCCAUGCGCACACAAUCCAGUAUGGCCCUGGUCAGUUUUGAAGAAUGUCCUCAUAAUAAUUGUCGAUAUCAAAUUAUGAAGUAUAGAUCUUCUCCCAAUGUAUUAAUAGCCUGUCUGACAUGAAUAAAUGGUCAAUUGAUCCAAAAUCAAUACUUCAGAGAAAAGGGAAAGUGUAUUUUUUGCAAAGGCUUGUUUUUGCAGGCACUUAUCUCGUGUGUCAAAUUUGUUACAGAACAGCCUCAGUGUUCACAAACUUUGUAGCACCAGUACAAAAGAAUGAGAUUUUUAAAGAUUUAAAAUUUUGUGACAUUUGUGUCACUUUAGGGAAAGUCAUAAUUUUUCCAGGUGAAAGAACAAAUAUUAGGCUCUUUUUGUUGGUGGUGUUGUUGAAAUCAGUCAAAAUAGACCCAAACAUUAUGUGUUAAAUUCAAAUAGGAAAGGUUCUGUCAGCUACCAAUCACGAUUUUUCAAGUAUUUAGGACUAUUCAUAUACAGGAUUUGAAAGCAAAAAUCCUAUUGCUUUUAAAAGGAUAGAGUAUUAACUCAUUUGUUUAGUCACGUUUAGUAGUUGUUUCUUGUUUGACAUUCUCAAGCAAACUUACAAACAUUGCAGCAAUUAUAGCACAGCAAGAAUUCUGAUUUUGAAUAACAGUGCAAGUAACUUCUUCAAUUAUCUCAGUUGUUUAUUUUUUACUUCCCCUCUCAAAAAUCUUUUUUUUCUCCAAUUGAAUUGUAUAGGGUCAGACAGUGCCUUGAAAAAGUAUUUGCCCCCUUCUCAAAUUCUUAUUUUUUGCACAGUAUAGUUUCCCCACUUUGAUGUUUAAGAUCAUCCAAAAAUAUAUAUAUAUAUUAAAUAUUAGACAAAGAUAACCGAAGCAAACAUAAAAUGCAGAUUUUACAUUGUGAUUUUAUUUAUUAAGGGGACAAAACAAUAUUCAAAGCUACCUGGCCCUGUGUCAAAAAGUAAUGGCACCGAAACUAAAUACUAAAUGACUUAAUGUUUGGCAUUUUUGCAAUUCGUCUUUCACAUCUCUGUGGGGAGAGUUUGGCCUCCUCUUCCUUGCGGAAUUUAUUUAAACCAGAAACACUAGAGGGUUUUUUAGCAUGAACAGGCUUUUCAAGGUCAAGCCACUGCAUUUCAAUCAGAUUCAAGUCCGGAUUUUGAGUAGACCACUCCGUAACCUUUAUUUUUUAAGCCGUUUGGAAGUUGAAUUGGGAGCGGGGGGUUACUCUAAAUUGUCCAUAGGUGUCACGAUGAGUGCGAAUGGUUGUUUGUUUAUAUGUGCCCUGUGAUUGGCUGGCAACCAGUUCAGGGUGUACCCCGCCUCUCGCCCGAAGAUAGCUGGAUGGGCUCCAGCACGCUCGCAACCCUAGUGAGGAUAAGCAGCAUGGAAAAUGGAUGGAUGGGCACGUUUGCCCGCUCUAAGGGCACUUUUUGCCAUACACAUAGGGGAACAUAGGGUAAUAAAAGUGAAAGGGCACAUGCCCCCUGAGUCACGCCCGUGCCACUGCUUUUAGUUGGUAUGGUGUUCUUUUUCUAAAGUGCUGUGUUACAUUUACGCCAGAUGUAACGAGACACACACCUUUCAAAAAGUUCAACUUUCAUCCGGUCAGUAUAAUAGUCUCCCAAACGUCUUGGGAAUAGUACAGAUGUAUUUUUUUGUAAAAGUAAGAUGAGCCAUGAAUGCCAUUUUUGCCUGGUCUCUUCCUUAUUGUUGACUCAUGAACUGACCUUAACUAAGGCAAAGAAAACCUGCAGUUCUUUAGAUGUUGUCCUGGGUUCCUUUGUGAUCUGCUGGAUGAGUGGUCACUGUGCUCUUGGGGCUAUUUUUGUAAGCCGGCCACUCAUGGGAAGGCUCACCGCUGUUCCAUGUUUUCUCCAUUGGAGGAUAAUGGCUCACACUGUGGUUCGCUGGAGUCCUAACGCUUUAGAAAUGGCUUUAUAACCAUUUCCAGACUGAUAGAUGUCAAUUACCUUAUUUCUCAUCUGUUCUUGAAUUCCUUUGGAUCUUGGCAUUUUGUUGCAGCUUUUUGAGAUAUUUUGGCUAACUUAAUUUUGUCAAAAUGGUUCUAUUUUAAGUGAUUUCUUGAAUGAGCAGGUAUGGUGGUAAUCAGGCUUGGGUGUGGUCAGUGGAAAUGAACUCAGCUUUCCUUAAAAUGUGAUUAGCCACAGUUAAUUCAUGAUUUAACAAGGGGGCAAUUACUUCUUCACAUAGAGUUAGGUAGUUUUGAAUAGUUUUUUCCCCUUAAUUAAAUAAAAUAAUUUAAAGACUGUAUUUUAUGUUUACUUUGUUUAUCUCUGUGUAAUAUUUAUAUUUGUUUGACUAUCUUAAAGUAGGGAAACUAUGCAAAAGAUUGAGACUUCAAAUGGGGCAAAUACUUUUUCACGUGGAAAAAGUUUUGAAUGAUUUAUCUUGUGUUUCUUAAAUCACAAAAACCUGGAAUUUGAACAGGGAUGUUUAGACUUUUUUUAUUUACUGUAUGAGCCCAUAUGUUGACCUCAUCAGCUUCAAAUACACAUUGUAGCCUUUCAACGACUUAAUGUUUGCAUUUUAAUGUUAGCUAAAUAACGUGGCAAGUAGAUAUGAUGAUUUAAUCACAUCGUAAUCAUAAUUAAGGUAAGAAACAACAAGCUCUGGCUUCAUAUAUUACCUGUGUGGCUUUCAUACAACAGUGAAUGAUAUUGUUCAAUUACUCAUUUCCAGUGAAUAAAUUUAUGUUUUGCGGUUUAAUACAGCCAACAAAUAAUACACAGGUUAUUUUUAACUGUACUGGUAAUCGGUGUAUUUGUAUGGAUUCCUGUGGCAAUAAAUGCAAUAUUGUAUUUCGACAUAUGAUAAAAACCUGAAUGAUUCAGUUCUGGAUGAUGCCUCUUAUCACUUGUAAAGACUUAACAGCUCAUUAAAGUCAGCCAGUAAAACCA